UCUUUUACUGACCUUGUUUUAACUUGGAUAACAGGAUGAUGUUUCUUCAUGUCAUCAUGAUUUGUUGCUUCUCAGCUGUGUGUUUGGAGGCAUCGGAAGUGCUGGAGGUGAGCGGGCAUGUUGGCGGAGACGUUUCCAUCCGCUGCUCUGGUAGACGGUCCACAUACAACAGCUCCGAACACAGCACAAUGUAUUUCUGCAAAGACGUCUGCUCCGGUGAAAACAUUCUCAUUCAGACCAAGAGGAGGAGGUCUGCUGUCACACAGCAAAGCAGAUACGACUUGGAGGUGGACAGAAGAGACGGAGUCUUCACUGUGACUAUAAAGAAGCUGCAGAGGGUGGAUGCUGGACGAUAUCACUGUGGAGUGGAGACAGCUGCUAAUUUGUUGUACCAGGAAGUCAAUCUCAUAGUCUUAGAUGCUCCCACUGUUCCUCCUGGAUCUUCCCCUUCCGCUACUACUGCCCUGGAGGCCAGAUCAGAAACUCUGACCUGGGGCAACUUUAUAUCCAGCACUGACCAAUCAGCAGCAGCUUUAACACCGCCUCCCUCCGAGAAGAAGAGAAACCUGGGACAAGCAUCCAAGCUCACAGACACCACACUGGUCAUUAUCGUCUCGGGGAGUCUGGCUCUUCUAGUUUGUGCCAUUAUUCCUGUUAUAUUCUAUGGACACUGGCGGAGUAAUUCAGAAGGUCAGAACAGACCCAGAGGCAACAAGAGUGAGGGUGAUUACUAUGAGGAAAAUGCAGUUGUUGGAGUGAAGCUACAGACUUUUGAGCCAGAGGUCGACCCAGAGUCCAGUGCUCAUGAUGCCUCCCAGUACGCUUCCGCGUACGCGGCACUGGAUCCCAAAACCCUGGACUGAGCAUGGUGCACAGUGGUCAGGAUGCAUUGCUGGACUGGCAGUAUACUGAGUAGUAUCGCAGUAAGACCUGCAGAGGGUGCUUGUCCGCUGCUCCUUCUCAGAGCAGCACGUCGAUUCCUUUAAAAACCUUCAAAAGAUUUUGUCUUGAAGAUCACGUUUCCAAAAUUUUUUAAAGGCAUGUUGUACAUUUAAUUAGCAUGUGCCUCACUGCCACAUAACUGCAGUUUCCAAGAUCUGAAGACAGCAAAUUCAAGAGGGCAGUGACCAAAGAAAAAAAUGAAUAAAUAGCACCAGUAUACAUGUGA